ACCGUAUCGAAGUGGGCAUUGUUGCGUCCAUGUUGAAAAUGCGUGUUUACAGAAAAAAUCCGAGGGGUGGAUAAAGCGGCGUGACGAGAAAAUAAAUUCAUUUAUCGACUGUUAUAUAAAUAGCUAAAUGUGAAAACAAGUAAAAAAUCAAAAUAUCUGCUUAAUGGUGAAGACAAGUGUGAAAAAAGUGCCGUGUGACGUUGUGAGAUAAGAAAAAUUUUGCUGUGUUUUUGUUUUAGGAUGUCUCUUGUUGACCUGCCAAAAUGAUGCGAAUUCCCCAAAAAAUUCCACAAAUUUCCACAUUUUGCCAAGUAUGGGUGUCCAGUGUGGUGCGGAGAGGACCAAGUGCGUGCUGGUCCUUUCCACCUGGCACCAGAUACAGUGUAACAACGUCCAAGCAGUGGUCAAUUGCGAAAUUCGCGGAGGAGGAGGAACUAAAGAAGAAUCGGGGCAAUGUGCACUUCCAGGAGAUUCACAAAGCCAUCAAGGGACGUGAGUUGAUUAAGGAUGUGCUGGAGCAGAAGAGGGAGAUAUUGUUGGAGCGAAAGAAUGUGUUGGUGCAGGAUUUGCGAGAUCGCCGGACAAAGGUCCGGGAGAGAAUGGAGGAAGUUAUUGAGAAGGAAAAUAUUAUGACGAUUCCCAAUCUUCUGUGCGUGAUGCGUGGAGUUUUGGCACCCUAUUUGGGCUAUGUGAUCAUCCAGGAGGAUUUUGCCUUUGCCAUUGGAUUACUUGUGGCUGCAGGAAUCAGUGAUUUGCUGGAUGGAUUUAUUGCUCGCAAUUGGCCAUCGCAAAUGAGUAAAGCUGGGAGUUUUCUUGAUCCCAUGGCUGAUAAGUUGCUGAUGGGAUCCUUGGUCAUUUCCCUGAGCUACUGCAGCCUUCUGCCCAUUUGGCUCACUGCCACAAUUCUCUUCAGGGAUGUUUUUCUAAUCGGUGCUGGCUUCAUUAUUCGCUACAAGAGUCUUCCGCCACCGAAAACCCUGUCGAGGUACUUUGAUGUAACUCAUGCAACUGCCCAACUCGCUCCGACCUUCAUCAGCAAAGUCAACACUGUUGUCCAACUGGUUGCCGUGGCCACGAGUCUUGGGGCUCCUGUUUGGGACUAUGUCGAUCACCCGAUGCUCCAUGGAUUGUGGUAUGUGACUGGAGCCACAACCGUUGCAGCAGCUGUGAGCUACCUAAUGGCCAAGGAUACCUACAAGAUCUUCCGGAAGCGCCCCGGAAACUAAUAAAACACGGAUUUAGAGUUCUAUUCUAGGAGUUGCUUGUAAAUAUAUUCACACAUUUUCUACACAUA